UAAAAGUGAAACUGCCUUAUUGAAAGUCUAGAAGAGCGUCCUGAGCUGUACUCCGAGCCCUGCUACGGGGGACUUUUUGUGAGAAAAGUAGGCGGGCCGACCUACAGAGAGCACUUACUGAAAGCACACAGGGCUAAACCUCCAGUAGAGCUGCGGCUACUGGACACCUGUGGAGCUUAGCUUAGCUUUCAAAAACAUCGACCUGUAGCCUCAGAUUUAGUCACGAUUUCCUUGUCGGAGAUUGGCGUUUAAAAAAGGGUCGAACUCUCCUUCGUUAAUGUAACUUGGCUGGCUGAACUGCGAGAUACAUCUGGUCUAAAUGGAGCUCAGGUGAAGGUGCCCGCAGAUACAAAGUUAAAGUCUGUCGACCAGCUGGGGCCUUGAGAUGGCUUCAGUCAUUUUGUAACUGAAAGAAUGAUGUUGUGCAGUCUUCACAAUUCAUCCUCACCAUCAUACAGCUGUAAUUUUCAGUCACUCAACUUGCCAGAAGAGAACGACGAAACUAUGAGUAAAACCGAAGCUGAGGACACCCUUCCAGACGCAGCUUCUGUUUCUGAGGCCAGCAGUGUUAGACGUCAGGCUGACCCCCAGCGUUUACCUGCUGACCCCAUGUUGCCUAUCAACGAGCUCUCUCAAAGCACAUCGGCGGCUUUCUCUGACUUCUGCAGCAGCAUGAGCAGUGACGCCCAGUCCAGCUACAGUCCCUAUCAGCCUCCCCUGGGUCUCCCAGCUGGCUACAGCCCCCAGACGCCCUUCCCCAGCCAGGCUGAGGGCUGUUUCAGUACCCUGGAGCCCCACAAAGAGGACUGGCUGCACACAAGCUCAUACAACAGCCUGGUGAGAGGAUUCUCCAAUGGCAGCCAUCUGUCCUGCCUAGUAUCUGGAGAUUUCUGUGGCUAUCAGAGUGAGGCCUCUUGUUCGCACUCUCUGCCAGGCAGACACAGUCCAGGUGGGAGCAGUCUUGAACAGCCCCGCUCACUGCACUCCAUUCCUACUGCAUUAGCCCAGCACGGCUACUACCCACCCCCAUGCCCAUGCCCUUCACACAGGCCUUCUUGCUGCAGUCAGGGCCCACUGGAUGCUGGAUGCUGGGAAAAUCAAAGCCUUCAUCAUGGGCUGCAGUACCACAUGUCUCAUUCAUUUUCAUCUCCCAAGAACACCAAGCAGUCAGAUCAAGAGCUUCUUCAUUGUAGGCACCCGUCUGUUCAGCCUCAGCCAAAGAGUGUUCCAAGCACAGCACCCCUCUCUCUGGAGCAGAGGAAGGUGUUUGUCACUUACGAAGCAGACAGUGAUAAACAUGUUAAAGAGGUCAUCAAUUUUGUCGCCUUGCUGAGACACAAUGGCUUCUACACUCACAUCGACAUGUUUGAACAACAUUUCAGAAGCAUAAGUAAGAUAGACUUCAUGGAGAGGUACAUUGCUGAGAAAGACUACCUGAUCAUUAUCAUCAUCAGUCCGAAGUACUAUGAGAUUGUGACCAAUGCCGCGUUAUGCAUGGAAAAUGAUGAAACGCUCAACACUGUCUAUAUCCACAAGCAGUUACAGAAUGAAUUCAUUCAGAACGGUUGCAAGAAUUUCAGAUUCAUUCCUGUACUGUUUCCUGGAGCCAAGAAAUGCCACGUUCCCACAUGGCUCCAGAACACACACAUCUUCUGCUGGCCCAGAGACAGAGAUGACAUACUUCGUCGGCUCAUGCGAGUGGAAAAGUACAACCCUCCCCCCAUAGGAGAGCUGCCCACCAUCGUCUCUAUUCCAAUAUAGUGAGGGCCUCCUCCAUUUUGCAGGUGCGAGUGCUGAUACAUAAGGCUCAGUGGAGGACUGUUAAAACUGUUUGAUCGGCCACCCUGUGACUGGCUAUGUGGGAAGAAGUCAGCUUUGGACCAGUUUGGAGCUUAAUUCUUUUUAUAAAUUAAUCUUACAUUAACUUCUGGCAGAUGUUUAUACCAUGGAAUUUAAACUGUGUUGUUGCCUGAACACUUCUAGUCUAUCAGGUGAAGUUUAAUGUGGAUGAUUAUUCAUUCUUAGAUUAAAAAAAGGCUAGAUUCAGUAUACAGUACUGUGCAAAACCCUUCAUUAAUUUAAAGUUAAUUUAAAGACAAAUUUUAGAGUAUAAGUUAUUUGUUUUCAGUGUCAGGGAAAAAAAACAGGACACAUAAUAAACAUAAUAAACAAUUACAUAGAAGCCUUGACAACUAAAUAUAAUGUCUGUUUUUAUUGUG